UGGUAAAAGCACCUAUCUUGCGUCCUCUCCUUUUCAGAAAACAUUUAUAUUCUAUCAUUUAAUGACAACAAAUCUUUUUAUGAGGCUGCAGGAGAUUUGACAAAUAGUCUUGUGUGUUCCAAGUUCUUCACUGGAAGCUGGGAGAAGCCGGACCUUAAGUUUUCACAUGAAGUUUUCUUUCUAUUGUUUUUAAUGCAACUGGGUUCCUCUUCUGGUUCUGGUCAGGAUGGCACCGACAGAACCUUUUAAUGUGCUCUGGAUCGUUCCCAAGCUGUGAUUGCUUGCAUCUUUCAGGUGUUUUUUCUAUUCUUUUCUUGCUGAAGGGACAUCCUGACUGCAAGGUGAUGGAUGGAUGAUGUCAGCAUCUUUCGGGAACUUUUGCCUUUCCAUCUUUUUUACACAACAUUCCUGAAAGGUUCCCUCGCAGCUUUCCACCACUAUGGCCCUCAGUGUGAACUGCAGAACUAACCCCAAGGAGCAGGCGUCAGUCCAAAACAGUUUCCCCGACGUUCUGGAGCUAAACGUGGGCGGCCAGGUUUACUACACUCGGUACUCCACUCUGGUGGGUACUCCCAGUUCGCUGCUCGCCACGUUGUUCGCCAGGAAGGACGCCUCUAACGAUUUGGCCCGAGACCCCAAAGGUCGUUUUUUCAUAGACCGGGAUGGCUUUCUGUUCCGCUAUGUGCUGGACUACCUCCGGGACAAGCAAGUUGUUCUCCCAGACCACUUCCCGGAGAAGGGGCGGCUCAAGAAGGAGGCAGAGUACUUCCAGCUCCCAGACUUAGUUAAGCUGCUCACCCCCGACGAGGUGAAGCACAGCCCGGAUGACUUCUUCCACAGCGACCAUGAAGAUAGUGACCCCCGCCUGUGCCCGCCACCGUCCUUGGUCCCCGCAGAUCGGAAGAGCGGCUUCAUCACUGUGGGCUACCGAGGCUCAUGCACGACAGGACGAGAGGCUCAGAGUGAUGCAAAGUUCCGCAGAGUCCCCCGGAUCCUCAUCUGCGGACGUGUGGCCCUGGCUAAAGAGGUCUUCGGAGAGACCUUGAAUGAGAGCCGGGACCCGAACCGGACCCCGGAUCGCUACACAUCCAGGUUCUACCUGAAGUUCAAACACCUGGAGAGAGCCUUCGACAUGCUGUCAGAGUGCGGCUUCCAAAUGGUGGCCUGCAACUCAUCAGUGACAGCCUCGUUUGUCAGCCAGCACACUGAGGACAAGAUCUGGUCCAGCUACACCGAAUACGUCUUCUACCGUGGUUCAUCACGUUGGUCGUCCCCUCCCUGCGACUGCUGCUGCAAGAACCACAAGGGCGAAGGCGACGGCGAGAGCGGCACCUCCUUCAACGAGCUCUCUACCUCCAGCUCGGAGAGCCAGUCCGAGGCCGGCUCGCCGCAGGGGACGGUCAUCUGCGGCCCGGUCAGCCGCCAGCCGCACCCCCACGCUAACAUCCAAACCCUGGACAGGCCGCUGAAAAAGGGCCCGGUCGCCAGGCUGCAGCAGUCGGAACAGCGGCGGAAAAGCGAUCUGCUGCGCACGCUGACGUCGAGCUCGCGCGAUAGCAACACCUGCAAGAAGAGGUUACCCAAAGAGAAGCUGACGGUGGAGGAAGAACUGCAAAAGUGCAUUCAGGACUUCCGCAAGAUCAAGAUCCCCGAGAGGUUUCCCGAGAGGAAGUACAUGUGGCAGGCGGACUUGUUGAGGAAAUAUCGCCUCUGAAACUCCCCCUUGAGGGCCAAGGAUCUGUUUACAAUUUUGUUCCUCGAGACAACAAAGAUGGAGAUAAUUAAACUCACUCACUCACCUUUAUGCCAGUAGGUUGAACAGCUACACACAAGAGUUCUCUUAUUGACGUAGUGUAUGUAGUGUGUGUGUGUGUGUGUGUGUGUGCGUGCGUGUGUGUUCCUGCAUUUACCUCCCGCCCACUCUUCAUUGUGUGCGCUAUCUUGCUCAACGAUUCGCAGCUUUGAAUAAUUUACGAGAGGACGCGGGCGAGAAGACUGAUCAAACAAGAGACGGCGGUGAUACUCGGAGAAAGGAAACGGAUACAUCAUCAUUUCCCUUAAGGCCGCCCAAAAAAAUGCAGUACAUUUGAGUGAAAAACAAUCUGUGUCCUAUUGAAAGGGAGUGUGGAGGAUGUCCAAGUCAUGCCGAACGGACAGGUGGCGCUCUAACCAGCUACUCAGAAACCUGAAAAAAGUAAUUUCUGGAAAAAGAGCGAUAGCAGCAAAAAAAAUGUAAACUACUAAAGAAUAAAUUAAUCCUACAUAUUCCACAUAUUAUUAACUAAAUAAUUGAUUAACGCUUAAGAGGUCCUAAAAGGUUACUCACAAUAAUCCCCAAAACAGUAGUAUUAAUAUUCAAAACACAUGAAUAUUUUAGGAUUACUCCAGCCUGAAAUAUGCACAUACAAUAUUAAUUAUAUUUGGGGGAUUUUACUUUUAAAGGGCCAGCAUGUUUAUAUAGCUCCACUGGUUUUAUUAUAUGUUGCUGCGUGCCGUAAGCUGUAGUCCAAAUUGAAAUGAGUUUAUGUCAAAAUAAAUGUUCUUUGUUUUGGGUUUUUUUAGUCCCCAGAAACAUAUGUGUCGUUUUUGGUCUAGUCUUGCCAUUUGGGAACAAUGGUAAUAUGUACUUUGGAAAAUUCCACCUAAAUUAAUUAAACAUCGCCAACAUGGCAAACACACUGGACCAAAAUGUCUCGGGGAUCCCAUAAAGGUUGAAAAAAAACAACAGUAAGCCAGCAUAUUUAGAGAUGGGAACUAAAUUCAGUACUUUUAUACGCAAUGAUCGGUUCGACCGGGUAUCGAUUCACGUAAAAUCAAACAGUGCUAGAUUUCAAUACUGCACACACGGUGUCACGUCCGGUUUUAAACACUUGGCGAGAAACAAUCAGCCAAGUAGCCCUCAGAGACCAGAGUGGACUCAGUCGGACUGCCUCAAUGUUAUGUUACAAUUUUCAAAGCCAACAAACCUGUGUGCCUAAUAGAAAACACAGACACACAAUAAGGCCCCACUUUUCAAAAUUGGCUAGCUAGGUGCUAAUUGACAUUCAAUUCAAAGAGGUGCUACUGAUUAGCAUUGGCGAUUUUACAUGGGAAUUUCAAUUUCAACACCAACUAAGAUACACAUUACAGCUGGUGUGUAAUAAGUGCAACACUGACACUAUAAACACAUUUGAGGGAAGAAAAAAAGACUAUAUUCAACUUAAUGGCAAAGACUACUCUCUGACUAGGCAACACACUAUACACUAGUGCCAUUGAAAAUCUUAGAAUAAAAACAGCACGGAACGUCUACUAUAUAAUACUAGCAAAUGAGACCCAGAAGUGUAAGAAGUCAAGAUGUAACAAAUGCACAGCACAGUUAUUAUUGGGAGUUGCUACCGUAUCAAUUCAAACAGGCAAGGUACCAUCCAAGCACAUAAUACAAUAACACAUAAAGAAAAUACUACAACCAUACACAGAUACCCUCAAAGUUGUAUUCAUUUUAGACAAAUGAUCAAUGGUGAACUAAUAAGGCCAAGUGGUGAAGUCUCAAGAGUACCCACCCUUUUUGGAUUCCCUCGAGGGAGUACUGGAGAGUGCGCCUCCGGGGGAUUCAGUUGUUCUGCUGGGUGACUUCACUGCUCAUAUUGGCAACGACAAUGAAACCUGGAGGGACGUAAUAAGAAAGAAUGGCCGCCCGGAUCUAAACCCGAGUGGUGUAUUGUUAUUGGACUAUUGUGCUCGUCACAUAACGUCCAUUUCUUCCCUAACGAACACAAUGUUCAAACAUAAGGGUGUCCAUAGGUGCACUUGGCACCAGGACACCAUUAGCCGCAGUUCCGUGAUCGUCUUUGUCCUAGAACCCGUGGUGAGGGAUGCCGUCAAGCUGAAGACAGAGUCCUAUUGGGUUCUUUUGACUCAUGGGACUCUGGAGGCAAGGGACGAGUACUGACAGGCCAAUGCGUAUGCGGCUUUAGCGGUUGCGGAGGCAAAAACUCGGACAUGGGAGGAGUUCGGGGAAGCCAUGGAAAACAACUUCCGGGCGGCUUCGAAGCGAUUCUGGACCACCAUCCGCCGCCUCAGGAGGGGGAAGCAGUACACUAUCAACACUGUGUAGCGUAAGGAUGGUGUGCCACUGACCUCGACUGCGGAUGAUGUGGAUUGGUGGAGGGAAUACUUCAAAGACCUCCUCAAUCCCACCAACACGUCCUCCUAGGACCAAGCAGUUCCUGGAGUAUCUGGGGUGGGUUCUCCUAUUUAUGGGGCUGAGGUUGCAGAGGGAGUUAAAAAGCUACUCGGUGACAAGGCCCCAGGGGUGGAUAAGAUCCGCCUGGAGUUCCUUAAGGCUGUCGAUGCUUUGAGGCUGUCUUGGUUGACAAGACUCUGCAACAUCGUUUGAACAUCGGGGGCUGUACCUUUGGAUUGGCAGACCGAGAUGGUGGUUCCUUGCUUUAAGAAGAGGAACUGGAGGGUGUGCUCCAACUAUCGUGGGAUCACACUCCUCAGCCUUCCUGGUAAGGUCUAUUCAGGUAUACUUAAGAGGAGGCUAUGCUGGAUAGUCGAACCUCAAAUUCAGGAGGAGCAGUGUGGUUUUCUUCCUGGUCGUGGAACUGUAGACCAGUUCUAUACUCUCGGCAGGGUCCUUGAGGGUGCAUUGAAGUGUGCCCAACCAGUCUACAUGUGCUUUGUAGACUUGAAGAAAGCAUUAGACCUUGUCCCUCGGGAGUGCUUAGAGAGUAUGGGGUAUGGACUGUCUGAUUGUGGCGGUCCGGUCCCUGUAUGAUCAGUGUCAGAGCUUAGUUCGCAUUGCCGGCAGUAAGUCAGACCCGUUUCCAGCCAGGGUUGGACUCCCCCAAAGCUGCACUUUGUCACCGAUUCUGUUCAUAACUUCUAUGGACAUAAUUUCUAAGCGCAGUCAGGGCGUUAAGGGAAUCCGGUUUGGUGGCUGCAGGAUUAGGUCUCUGCUUUUUGCAGAUGAUGGCAUCAUCUGACCACCAUCUUCAGCUCUCUCUGGAAUGGUUCACAGCCGAGUGUGAAGCGACUCGGAUGAGAAUCAGCACCUCCAAGUCCUCGUCCAUGGUUCUCGAAAAGGGUGGAGUGCCAUCUUCGGGUUGGGGAACAGAUCGUGCCCCAUAUGGAGGAGUUCGAGUAUUCGGAGUCUUGUUCACGAGUGAGGGAAGAGUUGAUUGGAUGAGAUCGACAGGUGGAUUGGUGCGGCGUCUUCAGUAAAGCGGACGCUGUAUCGAUCCGUUGUGAUGAAGAAGGAGCUGAGCCAGAAGGCAAUCUCCGUUCCCAUCCUCACUUAUGGUCAUUGACUUUGGGUUAUGACCGAAAGGACAAGAUCACGGGUACAGGCGGCCGAAAUGAGUUUCCUCCGCCGGGUGGCGGGGCUCUCCCUUAGAGAUAGGGUGAGAAGCUCUGUCAUCCGGAGGAGUUCAAAGUAAAACCGCUACUCCUCCACAUCGAGAGGAGCCAGAUAAGGUGGUUCGGGCAUCUGGUCAGGAUUCCACCCGAACGCCUCCCUAGGGAGGUGUUUAGGGCACGUCCGACCGUCAGAAGGCCACGGGGAAGACCCAGGACACGUUGGGAAGACUAUGUCUCCCGGCUGGCCUCGAAACGCCUCAGGAUCCCUCGGGAGGAGCUGGACAAAUUGGCUGGGGAGAGGGAAGUCUUUAAGAAAAAAAUUAAUGGAUGGAUGGUUGGUCAAGUCCCACUCCUUGCCUGUGCAAAGCCAUGUUUAUCAACCAAUCUUGCUCAAAUUUGACACACACCUGCUUGUCAGUUUGCUAAAGGUGCAUACCAAAUUUGGCAAAACACUGUAAAGUGACAGUGGGUGACUGAACUGUGUGACAAAUCUCAAUGCAGGCCACUUUGGGGUUUAAUAGCCAUCAGGUGGAAAGUAAUAUUCACCCUGUUGUGUGCAGCAAGUCAGCAAAGUGGGAAACUAUGAGGCCUCCGGGUCACGUAUAAAUCUCCAUAGUGGUCUUACUAUGAAUAGUACUGCUAGGGUACAUUGAGAUUUUUUAAAUUCAUUUUCAUCAGAAGGAUUGGAAUCACGACAAUUUCAUCAAAGCCCAAAUUAAUACCCCCGCCCCUUCUCUAAUAUGAGUUGGAGUGCAAAAGACGCACCCCCGAGUGAAUCACAUUGCUGGGAAUUGCUUUGGCUUCUGCGGAGCCAUUUCUGAGAUGGGCAAUAAAGCGAAGGUUUUGAUGGUCAAAUUACAGAGAGAAAAUACAAAGGCUCAAUAAAAAAAUAAAUAAAAAGAAAGCUUGUGAUGGAGCACACCCACACAAAUGUUUCACUUUAUACUACACGUGUUUAUUACAUGAUCACCCGUGCAAAUAAACACUGUGAAUAUUCAUGAAGCCAUAAAAGCACACUUGUGCAAGCAACACUUUAGACAGGAUGCAACUUCUGCUGGCUUCCCCAAGCGCACAUUUAUCCGGAUGUUCUCCACUGUUCUGACCACUGACAACAUGUUCAAUAGUUAUUGACUAAGGGCUCCGGUGACAGCGCUGGAAUGGGGUUCUUGUUAUCACUACAGUUAUUAAAGAAGCCAGCCAGAGCAAGUAUUUCACCCGUUCCCAAUAAGCUCCACAAUUUACAUUUAUCUCCGUGCUCCCCUGGACAAAAUAACCACGAUAAAGUUACAAAAUAAAAACAAAAGCAGCCAUUGAAUAUGUUUUUAGAGCUGCCCUUUUGCGCAUCGUUGUUUAUUUUAUAAAAACAUUAUUAUGAAUUACUUUAAAAGAUGCUCUAUCAGUAAUAUUGUCUGGAGCGGGCUCAUAUGACCCCAUUUCUGGGUGGAUCCCCCAUGAGAGGAAGAGGGUAUUAAUCAUUUUGCAAUCCAGUCUGCUGAAAAUGAUGGAAAGUGCCACUCUACAUAGCAACUGAUGCUGUGGUCAAAGUUGGAAUUGCCACAAAACACAUUUUAAGACAUUCAACACUGUGGAUUGUGCAACUCCGCCAAUUCAUCACGAUUCAUGUGUCAGGUAAUUAUAAACCAAAAACGACCACUUUGUAAUACCACAUGCUUCGCUAAACAUCUAAAAAUAAACCUUGGCGCUCUGCCAACAAUCUGUCAGUCAACUAUAGACGCGAGAGAUGUACAUUUUUUUUUUUUUCAGUGAAUAUUCUAACCUAUCAUGUUGAUGCUUUUAUAAUGUGGGUGUAAUGUAAGCGCUGUGGCUAAAAUAGCUAUGCUAGUAUUGCUAAUGUUGGUAUCCCACUCUUUAAGGUUGCGUCGUUUUAUUUGAUAUAUGGCAUCUAAGACGUUCAGAGUCACAGUAUAGUUAUAAAACGUGGAUAAAGCACGCCAUAGGGCUUUGUGGAGACAUACACAGGUCAUGAACAAACACAGCUGGUUAGCAUUCAAGCUAACUGACAAACACGAUAGCAUUUUUACGAAUUACUAAAAGCACUUUUAAAAAGUCUAAUUUUCAGCAUCAAGGUUAGAUUUUGGACCUUUAAUUAACUUUCUAUGUAUUUAUCAAGCAGUUAAACUAUAUAAUCAAAGCAUUUAGUAAAUAUAACAAUAUACUGUUGAGAAUAAGAUACUUGAGACUCUUAUUUAUUUAUUUUUUAAAAGCCAAUGCAAUCGUUAAAAUUUAAAUGUAUCAUAUUUUUCUACCUAAAGACCUUAUAUGUGUGGAUAUUGAUUUAUGACCAUUAUCGCUUAGAUUUCAUGAUUAUCGCUCAAAUGGCAUGGUUAUCACUUAUUUUCCUAACUCGGUUUCAUUCUUUCUCAGUUGCCAUUAAGACUUAUUAGAUAUGUAAAUAAACACCAUAAAUCAAACCAUAUUAAAUAUAUGAUACUCUUUGUACAUAACAUUCAGAUUUAUUGUAUACGACACUUACUGAUUGAUGUCGCCCUAACCUUGUAGUAUUUUACGUUGCUUCAUGAAGGAAAUAUAAAAUACACACCUCUAAAAUAUCACAUAAAUAUGCCAUGAUGAAAUAGGAGCAAGUAGUAAAAGUGUCUCUGUCAGGCUGGACGCUGCUGUUUUUUCACUGAUAUUCAAAUGGAUAUCACCGGUUCUUAGACACCAUGUUUAAAUUUUUAUUUAAUUUAUUUUUUAAGUUUUGACAAUAUUUCAACGCACACUGACAGACAGUAAAUGCAUCCUUCCCCUCCCUUCCUGGAUAUGUAUUCUGCACUCAAAAUGAAAACAGCUUCCUUGGCCAUAAACGGAAAUGAGAUACAACCACAACCCUAUAAUCCCAACAACAACAGAUCAAUCUGCCACAAAAAAAGUUUUCAUGCUCGGAAGCCUUCUGGUGCCUCGUAAUGACAGAGGUUGUCAAUAAAGUCACAAAAAAAACUUGUUAUAAGCAAACAAAAGUGAAAACUUACAUGAAGUUUAAAACCUUCAAAACAUGCUCAAAGUUGUAACUUGUUGUGAUAACAGAUCAAUUGGUCAUUAUACGGAGACAUUUAGGCAAAAUGAAGUCAUAGCCAUAAAAGUUAAACAUGGCUACACAUACAGAACGUACAUAUACAUACAUACACGUACGUACGUACGUACGUACAUACAUACAUACACUGUGUAUAAAAUAUAUAUAUACACUGCAUAUAUAAUAUAUAUACAUACAUACAUAUCUAUACAUAUACAAACAUACUGUACAUUGUAAACAUACAUACACAUACAUGUAUACUGUAUAUACAGUAUAAUAUACAUAAAUACAUAUAUACGGAUAUACAUACAUACAUUAUAUAC